AUGCGGGCUACGUAUUGGUGCGCCGUCUUUCUCCUUACGCCAGCCAUUUACCUGGCUACAAGUGCCCAUGGCUCCAUUCCAGGGAAAUCAGAGUUGCUCAAGUCAGGGAGCCCCAAGUCAACGUUAAAACACAUAUGGACAGAAAGUAGCAAGGACUUGUCUAUCAGUCGGCUCUUGUCACAGACUCUGCAUGGAAAGGAGAAUGCCACGGCCCUGGACCUGCGCUAUGACACUCCUGAACCAUACUCAGAGCAGGAUCUGUGGGACUGGCUGAGAAACUCCACUGACCUGCAGGACUCCCGACCCAGGGCCAAGAGACGGCCCAUGGUCAAGACUGGCAAGUUCAAGAAGAUGUUCGGCUGGGGUGACUUCCACUCCAACAUCAAAACGGUCAAGCUUAACCUGCUGAUCACCGGCAAGAUCGUCGACCACGGCAACGGCACUUUCAGCGUUUACUUCCGCCACAAUUCCACAGGCCAGGGCAACGUGUCUGUCAGCCUGGUACCGCCCACAAAGAUCGUGGAGUUCGACUUGACGGCCCAGCAGUCCGUCAUCGACGCCAAGGAUUCCAAGUCGUUCAAUUGUCGCAUAGAGUACGAAAAGGUCGAGAAGGGUUCCAAGAACACACUCUGUAACUUCGACCCAUCCAAGACAUGCUACCAGGAGCAGACGCAGAGCCACGUCUCCUGGCUCUGCUCAAAGCCCUUCAAAGUUAUCUGCAUCUACAUCUCCUUCUACAGCACUGAUUACAAGCUGGUGCAGAAAGUAUGCCCAGACUACAACUACCACAGCGACACCCCCUACUUCCCCUCUGGCUGA